UAGAAAUCUCAGGCAAAAAUGAGCCAUUACAGUUCCAAUCAUUCUCUGAGCCUGAAAUGUUUCAUCACUCUUUUUCUGUUGGUGGUGUUCACAUUAGCCACUCAUGCCAAUGCCUACCUCGUCCCAAUCCAAAAGCCACAAAGAAGCUUUGCUAACCAAUUUUUGAUCCCUCAGAACAGAGCUCGUUCCCUGCUGAGGUUGAAGCCAUUGGUGUGGGACUCCAAACUGGAGCACUACGCGCAAUGGUACGCGAACCAGAGGCGCAAUGACUGCGCCCUGGAGCACUCAAACGGGCCAUAUGGUGAGAACAUUUUCUGGGGCAGUGGCACCGGGUGGAAGCCCUCACAAGCGGUCGAUGCUUGGGUGGAGGAGCGCCAGUGGUACAAUUACUGGCAUAACUCUUGUGCAAAUGGAGAGAUGUGUGGACAUUAUACGCAGAUCGUGUGGGGUGACACUAGGAAAGUUGGGUGUGCUAGUGUUACAUGUUCUGGUGGUCAGGGAACUUUCAUGACCUGCAACUAUGAUCCUCCUGGUAACUACUAUGGAGAGAGACCUUACUGAUCAAUGUUGAAAUUCUCAGAAAGAGGAGAGUGUUGUGAGUUGUGACAACUCACUCAAUAAUGUCAUGGGAGGGUAGCUAUGUCCUCUGCUGUCACAUUGAUUUGUUUGCCAUGUGGCUUUAAUUAUAGGCUACCUCCCUCUUGCAUUUAUCUCCUCUGUAUCUUUGUCUUAAUGUGCUUGCUUAAUAUAAUAUCAAUGUAAAUUAAAAUUAUUA